UGUUGAGAUCAAACUGUUCAAAUCCAUCAUGAAUGAAACACAAACAUCUGGAGAUGAAGAUUAUAUUCCAGGCUGCAGUUCAGUUCAUCAGAAGAGAUCAGAAGCAGAGCCCAGCUGUGUGUCUGUGAAGAGUGACUGGUCUAUGGAUCCGCCACUGUUGUUGAAGAGUGAAGAUUUACAGCCUGGACUCAGUUCAAUUCAUCAGAAGAGAUCAGAAGCAGAGUCCAGCUGUGUGUCUAUGAAGAGAGAGACAUCUUUCAUUCAGUCUUUAGAUUUUAAGAGACGAGAUAUAUGGCCUGUUCUCAGUCAUGAAGUCCUCAACACAUUUAGAUCAAAUCUGCUGAAGAAGUUUAAGUGUCUGUGUGAGGGAACAGCGACGCAGAGAAACCCAACACUGCUGAAUGAGAUCUACACAGAGCUCUACAUCACAGAGAGUGAGAGAGGAGAGAUCAAUAAUGAGCAUGAGGUGAGACAGAUUGAGACACAAUCCAGGAGAGAAGCAACAGAGGACACAGCCAUCAAAUGCAGUGACAUCUUCAGACCUUUACCUGGACAAGACAAAGACAUCAGAACUGUGCUGACAAAGGGAGUUGCUGGCAUUGGAAAAACAGUCUCUGUGCAGAAGUUCAUCCUGGACUGGGCCGAAGGGAAAGAGAAUCAGGACGUCCAGCUCAUAUUUCCACUUCCUUUCAGAGAAAUCAACUUGAUGAAGGACAAAACACUCAGUCUUUCAGAUCUUCUUCACGUCUUCUUCCCUGAAACUAAAGAAAUGAAAAUAUCCAGCGAUGAAUAUAAAGUGUUGUUCAUCUUUGAUGGUCUGGACGAGUGUCGCCUGUCUCUGGACUUCAAGAGUAAAGUGAAACUGUGUAAUAUAUCUGAGUCAGCCUCAGUGGAUGUGCUGCUGAUGAACCUGAUUGUGGGGAAUCUGCUUCCUGCUCUCAUCUGGAUCACCUCCAGACCAGCAGCAGCUGAUCUCGUCCCUUCUGAGUGCAUCCAUCGAGUGACAGAGGCACGAGGCUUCAAUGAGACACAGAAGGAGGAAUACUUCAGGAAGAGGAUCAGUGAUCAGAGUCUGGCCGACAGGAUCAUCUCACACCUGAAGUCCUCCAGGAGCCUCUUCAUCAUGUGUCACAUCCCAAUCUUCUGCUGCAUCUCAGCCACUGUUCUUGAGAAGAUCUUGAGUCGAGCAGAGACUGGAGAGAUUCCUAAGACCCUCACUCAAAUGUACACACACUUCCUGAUCCUUCAGACCAACAUCAAACAUGAGAAAGACUAUGAGAAGAACGUGACAGAUGAAGACAUGAUCCUCAAACUGGGGAAACUGGCUUUUCAGCAGCUUAUGAAAGGAAACCUGAUCUUCUAUGAUGAAGACCUGAGAGAGUGUGACAUUGAUGAGACAGAAGCAACAGUUUACUCAGGACUGUGCACUCAGAUCUUCAGAGAGGAGCUGGGCUUGUUUCAGGGGAAAGUCUUCUGCUUUGUUCAUCUGAGCCUUCAGGAACAUCUAGCAGCUCUACAUGCACACCUCUCCUUAACAAUAAAGAAGAUAAAUGUGUUUGGCCAAAUCAAACAAAAUUCUUUCUUUAAUGUCUUACACAUAUUUAGACCGUUAUCUAAGCUGCAUCAGAGAGCUGUGAAUGAGGCUCUAAAGAGUAAGAAUGGACAUCUGGAUCUUUUCCUGCGGUUUCUUCUGGGUCUCUCAGUGGAGUCCAAUCAGACUCUCUUAAGAAAACUACUGACACAGACAGGAAGCUGCUCUUACAACAAAGAGGAAACAGUUCAGUUCAUCAAAAAGAAGAAGGAGAAUUACUCUUCAGAGAAAUCCAUCAAUCUGUUUCACUGUUUGAAUGAACUGGGUGAUGAUUCACUGAUGCAGGAGAUCCAGGGUUUUCUGAAAUAUGGAGAAAUAAGAGAAACCAAACUCUCCUCUUCACAGUGGUCAGCUCUGGUUUAUGUGUUGCUGACAUCAGAGCAGAAGAUGGAUAUUUUUGAUCUAAAAGAAUUUAUUGGACAACAACAUACAGGAGAUGAAAUUCUUCAGUAUCUGUUACCUGUGGUUAAAGAAUACAGAUCAGUUUGGCUAUGUGGAUGCAAACUCACUGCUCAGUCUUGUGAAAGUUUGUCUUCAAUUUUACAAUCCUCAAUCUCAAACAUCCUGAAAGAGCUGGACCUGAGUAACAAUGGCCUGCAGGAUUCUGGAGUGAAGCUGCUCUCUGAAGGACUGAAGAGUCCAAACUGUCAUCUGGAGAUUCUGAGGCUAUAUGGAAGCAGUCUCACUGCUCAGUCUUGUGAAAGUUUGUCUUCAGUUUUACAAUCCUUAAACUCAAACAUCCUGAGAGAGCUGGACCUGAGUAACAAUGACCUGCAGGAUUCAGGAGUGAAGCUGCUCUCUGAAGGACUGAAGAGUCCAAACUGUCAUCUGGAGAUUCUGAGAUUGUCUGGCUGUAUGGUGACAGAGAAAGGCUGUGGUUAUGUGUCCUCAGCUCUGACUUCAAACCCCUCACACCUGAGAGAGCUGGAUCUGAGCUACAAUCAUCCUGGAGAUUCAGGAUUGAAGCUGCUCUCUGAAAAACUAGAGGACUCAACCUGCUCAUUGGACAAACUGAAUGUUGAUCAUGGAGGAGAAUCCAGGAUUACAGAAGGACUGAAGAAAUGGGUGUGUUUUUUCACGCUGGAUCCAAACACAGCACACACUAAACUCAGUCUGUCUGAGGAGAACAGAGAGGUGAUGUGGGUGAGAGAGAAACAGCUGUAUCCUGAUCAUCCAGACAGAUUUGAUUGUGUGCCUCAGGUGUUGUGUAGAGAGAGUGUGUGUGGACGCUGUUACUGGGAGACUGAGUGGAAAGGACAUGUGUGUAUAUCAGUGUCAUAUAAGAGCAUCAGCAGGAAGAGAGGUGAUGAGUGUAUGUUUGGACGUAAUAUUCAGUCCUGGAGUUUGAUCUGUUCUCCUCACAGAUACUCAUUCAGACACAAUACCAUAGAGACUGAUCUCUCUGUGAAACCCAUCAUCAGCAGAAGAAGAAGAAGAACAGGAGAGUAUGAAGAUAAUAUUUCUAGAAUAGGAGUGUAUGUGGAUGAGAGCGCAGGAACUCUGUCCUUCUUCAGCGUCUCUGACUCAAUGAGACUCAUCCACACAGUCCAGACCACAUUCACUCAGACACUCUGUCCUGGGUUUACUGUUUAUCCUGGAUCAUCAGUGAAACUGUGUUGAAGAACAGUGAGAUGUUAUGAGUCUCUUCAUACUACAGCUCAACUUCUGUCACUGAAAUAACUGAAGAAAUGUCACAUUAUGUCCCCACAAAGAUCUGUACCAAAGUUUGACCUAGAAAGUAAUAGAAACAAAAUAGAAACAUUUUUUUUUUCUGUAAGGGGUAGGUUUAGGUGUAGGGUUGGUGUAGGGCAAUAGAAAAUACAGUUUGUACAGUAGAAAAACCGUUACAGAUAUGGAGAGUGCCUAUAAAACAUGGAAACCAGCGUGUGUGUGUAGUGUCUCAUCAAUCAUUUGUUUUGUUUCUGUUUAAAUGUAAAAAUGUCCCAAAAAUGAUUGAAGAACGUCAUUAAUUUCUCGGUUGUUUUUGUACAGAAAUAAUAAAACACUGAUAAAUCAACUUGAUGUAUGCAAUAUGUUUAUUAUUAGUGAAACCAUAUUGUUAACAGAGCAUGAAGACUGGACAUGUUGUAUAGGUCAUAGAUUUUUUCAAAGAACUUGUUCAUGUUUAUUACAUAGAAAUACCAAGUUCUCAUUACUUUAGACAAGCCUGUUGACCUUUUCCCACCACAGGGCAGCUCACUUUUUCUGAACAUGUAAAAUGUACAUUUAUUAUUAUGUUUGUUUGCCUCUCUGUGACCAUAUUAUAGUUCAAUGCAGCUGAAUUCUCAAUAAAGCGGUUUUUAAUUGA